ACUGCUUGGUUGCAGAAAGAUCUGGGGAAGGAAUAGUGUGUGUAUGUGUGUGUGUAUCUGCUCUUUCUCCACGGAAAUCAGAAGCCUUAACACCUCUCCUGAGUUGGCGCCUACAAACGUACAUUCAACAAGAAUGAUGGCGUGGAUAUUUAAUCAUAAACAAAAAAAUGAAUGGGUUAUGAGGAUGUAGUGCGAAACUGAAGGAGGCUAUACAUUCCACUUAAAGGUGAGUACUUUGGUGAAGGAUCAAGUCAGAAGUAAGCCACAUCACAUAGUAUGGCAAAGGUAACACAAAAAAAUGCCAUGGCACAGAAAUGCAAGACAGAGUCAUGAGUAAAGUGGAAGGCAAGCAGGACCACAUGAUACCAUGAAGAGAAGCUCACAGGUCCUCAGUCACCGACUGUUAAGUUUUCUGCUGAUCUUUUUAUUGACAGAAGAGCUGAUAUCUGGAAUUCCAGAACUGUCUCCUAGUUUACCAUUUCAGGCCUACCUGGCAGACACUACCACGGAAACCAUGGUAAUGCCCAGACAAAGUGACUUUCCCAGCAGUACAGCAGGCAACCACAGCUGGCAGAGAGCCCAGACUUCAGAUGGAAACUCUUCACAAAUUCUUCAGGGAUCCCAUAUGCCCACAAAUCCGGGUACUGACAUUGUUGAGCAAACUGUUCCUAGCAUAGAUACCACCUUUCAUUCAGAAAAGACUUCUGAGAAAACAACACUGUCACCAAGGUGGCAGGAAAGCCCCCGCAUUAAUUAUAGUACAGUUAUGGACUUGCAUUAUUUGUACAACCACACUACUUUACCUUCAGAGCAGGUACAUCCACAGGAGAUCUCUUCAUUUUACAAAGGCAACACCACAGAGUCUACAACAUUGCAUAAUAGAUUGCACCCCAUCUUUUCUAUAAGAGUAUCCACCACAAAGCAUCAGUAUCAGCCUGCGUUAUAUUCUUCAACACCUUCCCAUAAUAUUACUGUGACAAAUAAUCCAAAAGACUUAAACAUAUCAGUGAACAAUGACAUCCUACAGGGCCUUAAUAAAACAGGGAUUGCGAAUCAGUCAGUAGUUGCUGAGGAACAUAAGUUCAUUAGUGCCUCCCCAAAUGCCCAAGCAUCUGGUCCAGAAACAGUGACUGUGCCUUUUAAAUCAGCCUUCUACUCCAGACAGAACAGCUCCAGUGAAAAUGUUUCUUUAAGAUACAGUCAUCAAGCCUCAGCUUCCACUCCUGAUACAAACCUUCAAACUAUGUCUGUAUUGGAACCUGCUUCUACCCAUGACAUUUCUUUUCCUUCAGCUCCAUUAGAGCCAACCAGUAAAACAUCCUUGGCAAUGUCAGUUACUCCAGCAAAUAAAGACUCAUCUCAAAGUAUUUUACCAGAAGCAACAACAGAAGUCACCACUUUCAUUUCAACAGCGGGAACAAUGGCAACAGGAAAUUUUCUUAACAGACUAGUGCCACCAGUAACUAAGGGAUCUAGUGUGCCUGGAAAUAUUUCCCACAUCGCUGAAGUGGAUAAACCCCACCAGAGAGCAACAAUCUGUCUCAACAAAGUGGACAUUGCUUGGAUUAUUCUAGCUAUCAGUGUUCCGGUUUCGUCCUGUUCAGUUCUGUUAACUGUGUGUUGUAUGAGGAGAAGGAAGAAGACAUCAAAUCCAGAAAACAACCUAAGCUACUGGAACAAUGCAAUCACCAUGGAUUACUUUAAUAGACAUGCAGUGGACCUUCCAAGAGAAAUCCAGUCCCUGGAAACAUCUGAGGACCAUCUUUCCCAGCCUCGUUCUCCUCCAAAUGGUGACUUCAAUGAGAGUGGUUUGGUCCUUGUUAAUCCAUUCUGUCAAGAAACACUUUUUACAGCACCUGAACAUGUUUCUCAGAUCUGAGCCUUUUUGCAGUAUUGUCAUUUGCUUAUUGUUUGCAAGAAUAUAACCUUUUGUUGUGCAACUCUGACAAACUGGAAUAUUAAUUCAGCUUUCAUACCCCUCUUUACAUUCUUUACCUUCCAUCUUUAACAUUUUUUAUAUGUGUUGUAAAACUUUGAGAGAAACUGUGGCUUUAUAAAAUAAAGUUAUUUCUAAACAAAAUAA